AUGGAGUCUUUCGAAGGACCUAGUCAGGCUAGCAAGGCUAACUUAUUAGAAGUCCCUACUGUGAACGAUUUCUCUUCUGAAGAUGAAGAUGUUAAACCUGACAUUAAACACCGUUUCUCUCCACUUCCCCGGAGGCGGAAUUCUGCUUCUUCAGAGGAAGAGGAGGCAGAUGCCCCCACCACCAUUGCAAGAAAAGUUUCAUUUGCUGAUGCAUUUGGGUUUGAUCUUGUGUCUGUUAAAGAGUUUGAUACCUGGGAAAUUCCAAAUAUAGCACAAAACAAUGACUUAGAAGACGAAGCUUUCCCUCAAGAGGAAUUUUUUUUAACUCAGCUAUUUACAUUACCUACUUCCCAAGAAGAAGUUUUGCAAAAAGUGCGAGAACAUAAAGUACUGUUGGAGUCAAUUGUGUUCCUGCCUGGGAUUACCUGUAUGAACGGCAUUAUACGAGUCCUCAAUAUAUCUUUUGAAAAAUCGGUGUAUGUUCGAAUGACACUGGAUGACUGGGUCAGUUAUUAUGAUAUCCUAGCAGAGUUCAUGCCUAAUUCUUGUGGCAGUGAAACUGACCAGUUCUGCUUUAAGAUUUCUUUGGUGCCUCCUUAUCAGAGAGAUGGAGCCAAAGUGGAAUUCUGUAUACGAUAUGAAACAUCGAUUGGUACCUUCUGGGCAAACAACGACGACAAAAACUACACACUGAUUUGUCACAAGAAAGAAACUGUACCCAAGUUGGAUAAUAAACCACACAGAGAGGGUGCUGAUAGACAUCUUAAAGGCUGCUUAAAGACGGCACCAAGCAGCAAAGAAGAAAUAUUGGCAACAUCUGAUGGUGACAUAUGGAAUAAUUCAAGAACUUCAGAUGCAAACAUCCCAGAGAUUGUUUGUUCACAAGCAGAAGACAAAGAGAGUGUACCAGCUAAUGAAAAUAUAAAAGAUAAAAAUGCAGAAUACAACCAGGGUGAUCACGAAGAUGAUGAAAAAGAAUUAGAGUUGCUGCUAAAUCAGCACUUCACAGGAGCUAAAGGUACCUCUUCCAGAGAUGAAAGGAGUUUAGACACAACAGAACCAGUUAAUUUUCCAAGUGAAACUGUAAGAUUGGAAAAAAAUCUAACCUGUGUAGAAAGAAGCAGUGACUUGCUGAGGCACCCAGUGCCUAUCAGUUCCUUAUCUGAAAAUACUUCACAAGCGAUAGGAGAAGAAUUAAAAGGUAAUGCUAAGUAUUCCAUAGGAGGUUAUAAUAGUCACCCAUCAGGAAAGGAAGUCUCAUCAAACAGCAGCGAGCAGUCUUGGGAUUCUACUGGUACCAGUGAAACUCUUUCAUUGGCAAAACACUUUCCUGGAACAAAGGAGAAUGAGGCUAUUAAUAUUGCGGCUACUGUCUCAAACCAACAAGGAGAGAGCCACGCAGAUACUACAAGAGGUGAAGCAGAUAGUGCCUCAGGAAGUAAGAUUAUGGAGAGGUUAUUCAUCAGUGAAGAUGAUACCUUGAAAGAGGCCUGUGAAAUGAGGCCAGCAGCCAUUUCUUCAGUGCAUGAUGAAUCCAUGCAAUUAAAAGCAUGCAUAACAGGAACGCUGGAUGGCAAUGCUAAUCCAGCUCCAGAGCACCAGGCACCGCAGAUGUCUCACCAAACUCUGGAUUCAUUGUCAUCAGCUGCUGACAAAAAUGAAGGAAAAAUCGAGAAGACUGAAAGCAAAGUUCAGGCACAUUUAAAAGGAGAUUUAUAUACCGACACUUUUGCAUACACUGACAUCUCAAUAGAUUCCACAAAAAGCCAAUAUACUCACAAAAAAGGAGUUUGUGAAUUGUCAGAAAAGAAUUAUAGCACUGAUACAGAGAAGGAGAAAAGAGUCAUCGAAAUAGCAGACUUAGCACUAAUCGGAGAGGAGGAAGCACCCAAGCCUUUCAAGUCUCACAGAAAACAUGCCUUCAGCGCAUCAUUCCUGCCAGAUGAAGACAACAAGCACAGAGCCAGGCCUGCACAAGCAGGACCUGGGGCUUGCUUGCCAGGGGAUGAAAGCAGAGCUGAAAAUGCUCAGGAACACAGAGGAUUCACAAGGUUAAAAGGCAGAGGAAAGGCAGAGAAUGGAAAUAAAGGAGGACUGAUAGGGACAGAAAGUGAAGAAAGCACCACUGGACAGGCAUGGAAGAGAGCAGAUAGUGGAGUGCGGUGGGCAGCAGGGGGUGAUGCAAAGGCUCAGAGCUCUUGUACAAAAGAGUUAUUUACCUGCCAAGAGGCAGAGAGUUGUGAAAAGUCUCCUGUCUCUGAGCACGGUAUUACAGGGAAAGCAGAGGCAGGUACGGCUUAUAUAAUUAAAACAACAUCAGAAAGUGCUCCAGAAAAAAUGUCUGCCAGUGAAAAAGCAGUAAUUGCUAAGCUACCUCAAGAGAUUGCACUAAGUGACAGGCCCACAGAGGAAAAGGAAACAGCGUUUGAUACACAUGAAGGGAGAAAUGAUGGUUCACAUUAUGCUCUUUGUCAACUCAACACAGUGGGUGUAUUAUAUGACACCGAAUUUGAAAAGGAAUCAGUUUUAGAUAUUUAUAAUGCACGCGUACAUGAAACACUGCAAGGAGAAACGAUGUCUGUAUGCAACAGCAGGGAAAAAUGUGCCAAAGCAAAGCCAGACAUUGGAGAUAUUCCCCCUGCAGAAGGAGCCAUAAAAGCUUCUUCUGCAGGAAAGAAAGAAGGCUUGGGGCAGGGUUUAUAUUCAGAAGAAGUGUCUAAAUGUUCCCAGAGUGCCCAGAAGCAUCGCUACAGUGAGGAACUGAAAGACCUCUACAGCGAUGAGAGCUACUAUGGAGCACCUUCCUAUCUGCAUGCCAAAGCUCAAACAAAAACAUCACCUUCUGGUACAAACAUUAUGCCCAGUUACCACUAUAAAAGCUCUUCACUGGCAUCUUCUGCAGCAGACAUGGACCAUCCAUAUACUCACUCUGAAUUCAAAGUCAUUGAAAAGGUAGUUGCUGAGUCAGGACAUGAGUUAAGUCUGCCAAAUGAAAUGAAACAUAUUAAUAAAAACCUCUUUCCUGAAGCUGAAAGAAAAGAAGUACCUUCCACUUCAGACACAGCCAUUGCUAGAGAAGGAAGAGGAAGCAAUAUAGGUCAAUGUUUCCAUCAAGCAGAGUUCAAGCAAGAGAAGUCAUCGAGGCCAGAAAUUUCAAUUAGUAAGGCUACCAAAGAAGUUAGUGGGAGAGGCUCUGAUCCUGACCAUUUAAUAACUGAAGGGAAAACACUAAAUUGGUUUGAUGACUCGCAGAAUGAAAAGCAGCACAUUUCUCAUUCUGCAGUUAUUUCUGACCAGAAGAGUGAAGAACAGAUGCUGUCUAGUGAGUCUCCAGGUUUAAAACAUAUUGGUUGCAAAAUCUUUUGUGUCUUCUUCUUUCUUGUGUUUGCUGCAACACUUUACCACUAUGAUUUGAUGGUUUGUCUUGCACUCUACCUGUUCUCCUUGUACUGGCUCUACUGGGAAGGAGGAAGAAGCAAAGAGUCUGUCAAGAAGGAAUAACA